UGUUCGAGCCGUUGGGCAAGUCUGUGGACAGCAAUGGCAUCGACGAUGGAUAUCAACGAGAACCGCCAGCAUGAAAACCGAGUGCUUUGCAUUUUCAUGACCGCCCUAGGCUUGCUCUUCGUGAUCUUGCGACUUCUAGCGCGGUGGAAGAAGGGCUUAUCGGUUGGACCGGACGAUUAUACCAUACUGUUGUCUAUGGUAUUUCUCUGCGCAAUCUGCGGUCUCAAUUUGGCCAUGAUUCACUAUGGAAUGGGCCGACACGCAGACGCCCUGCCGACCGAGAACGUCAUGAAGAUCUCCAAGCUGCUCGUGGUUUACGAAUGCGUCUAUUGCACAACCGUGGGCAUCAUCAAGGUCUCCAUCCUCCUCAUGUACGCGCGGAUCUUUCCAACGCGGAACUUUCGCAUCGCCUCUCUCGUCCUCGGCAGCAUCGCAGUCUGCUGGGUCAUGGCAAUCAUCUGUGUGAGCGUGUUCCAGUGCGCUCCGAUCGCGAAGGCCUGGGACCAGCGGCUCCCAGGCAGCUGCAUCAACCUAAAGGGAUCGUUCAUCGGCAACGCAGUCCCGAACAUUGUGACUGAUGUGGCGAUCCUCUCAUUACCAGUGCGUGUAGUCUGGGGUCUGCACGCCUCCCUCACGCAUCGACUGUCGGUGAUCGCCGUAUUCCUGCUGGGCAGUUUCGUCGUGUUCACCAGCGCCUACCGCUUCUCCACGCUCUUCCAGUUCGAACCAGCCGACACCCCCUGGACACUUGCCACGGCCAACACAUGGUGUCUCAUCGAGUGCGCAAGUGGGAUCAUCUCCGCCUGUCUCCCGACCCUGCGACCGCUGUUCGUGGCGCUCUCGUCCAAAUUCGCCAGCAGCGUGGGAGGAGGCUCGCGCGGACGAUCGGUCGAGAAUGGCAUCAAGGACUCCGAGCUCCAGAGCUUAGAUGCCCUCAACCCCACAUUGCGGCCGCCUGGCGAGCACCUAUCCAGGCAGCUCGUGUUGAUGGAUGUAAGCCAGCGGGAUGACGCUUACGGGGAUGAGGUGCCGCUGAAUACAAUCCGAGUACAGCGCGAGAUCACUUGGCAGGAGACGAGGGACAUCCAUCCGCGAGAACGUAAAUGAUGAGACUGUGUGUCUAUGAGCAAAAUGCGUUCACCAUGGGACUCGGGUCCUAUCAACGAGUAGUAUGUAUAUUGGCUAGAUGAGAUGACAGUGAGGAGGGGUGAGCGCCAGGCAGGCGAACAGGAGCGCUUUCUCGCUUAGCAGGAACCAUGGAGCAUUUCUAGUCCGUCUUUGUAAUGUUCCGCCUUUCGUUUGUGAAGGAAUCCAUACAGUGGGACCACGCAAAUGAGACAAAAUGAUCUUAGAAAGUAUUUCAAGAUAGUGGCAUUGAAGCAUCCGGACAAAUGUGCAGA